AUGGGCCUGCACUCGGCAGCAAGCGUGUGGAAGGGCAAUGGAAAGGCCAAGGCCAAGGCAGCAGGCCAGAGCAGCAGCAAGGCGGCAGAGAUGUUCGAGCCGGCUGAGCGGUCGUCCGAGGUGGAGGCGUUUUUGGCGGGAAACUUUGAGAGCUCAGCGAGCGAGGGCUCAACGAGCACGGGCUCGGCGAGCAGCGCCAAGGACGCGGGCGAGCGGUCGUUGCCGACGCCGCCGACGGCGUAUGCGGCGGAUCCUCCGGCCGACUACGACUAUGAGCGGCCGAAGAUCUCGGUGGUGGGCGUGGGCGGCGCCGGCGGCAACGCGGUCAACAACAUGAUCCUGUCGCAGCUAGAGGGUGUGGACUUUGUGGUGUGCAACACGGACAACCAGGCGCUGUCACAGGCGGCGACCGACGCUCGGAUUCAGCUUGGAUCCAAGGUGACGCGUGGGCUCGGCGCCGGCGCCAACCCGGACAUCGGGCGCGAGGCCGCGCUCGAGUCAAUGCCGGACAUUCUGGCUGCUGUCGGCGACGCCAACAUGGUGUUCAUCACCGCCGGUAUGGGUGGCGGAACCGGGACUGGAGCGGCGCCCGAGAUUGCGCGGCACAUUGCGUCGCGCGGUGUGCUGACGGUUGGCGUCGUCACCCUCCCGUUCGACUUUGAAGGCCGCAACCGGCAGCGGCUUGCGCUCGAGGGCCUGGCCAAGCUCGAGGAGUCUGUCGACACGCUCAUUGUCAUUCCCAACCAGAAGCUGAUGACCAAGGUGACGGCACGGACAUCGCUGCGCGACGCGUUUGGCCUCGCCGACUUUGUGCUGCAGGCCGGCGUGCGGUCGGUUACCGACCUCAUGGUCAUGCCGGGCCUCAUCAACCUCGACUUUGCCGACGUCCGGGCGGUCAUGUGGGAGCAGGGCCGGGCCAUGAUGGGCUCCGGCCAGGCGUCCGGCGAGAGCCGUGCGGUCGACGCGGCCUCGGCCGCCAUCUCCAACGACUUGCUCGCCGACUCGGACCUGUCGUCGGCGUCGGGCAUGCUCAUCAACAUCGCCGGCUCGACCGACAUGACGUUGUGGGAGAUCAACGAGGCCGCCAAGACCGUGCAGGAGGUCAUCGCUGACGACGACGCCAACAUCAUCUUUGGCUCGACCUACGACGCCAACCUGCCCGAGGACACCGUCCGCGUCUCGGUCGUCGCCACCGGCAUCGGCGGCCCGGUCUCGCUCAACCUCCGCUCCACCGACCAGUGGGGCAACGAGCGCGCGGCUGCGUGAAGCCGCGUCUAGCCCAGCUCUAUGUUCUCUGCUAAAUCCUCACCUGUAUCCUG